UUGCAAAGAAACAAGCUAAAGAGAAAGAACCAGACCAUCAAGAUAUACUAAAAUGGCAGAUGGAGAUCUUGAAGAAGAUGAAGUUUGGUCAGUGAAAUUAUCCUCAUCCGAGGAUUCAACAAAAAAGUUAAUGAUGAAGAGGAGGAGAUCAUUGAACAAUAAUAACCGAGUCCCAGUUGAUCAAAAGACAUCGAGUAGUACUAUAGUGGACAAUAUGGUUAAACAUUCAUCAGCAUCCAUGAGCAGAAUUUGCAGAAAACCAUCAAAAAGGGUUGACAUUAUAAAUGGUAAUUUUACUCAUCAUCAAGAAGAUUAUGAUUAUGAUUAUGAUGAAGAAGGUGAAGAAGAAGAGAUGGUCCUCCCACCUCAUGAGUUCUUGGCAAGAAAGCUAGAGAGGAGUCAGAUUUCAUCUUUUUCCAUGUGUGAAGGUGUUGGAAGAACACUUAAAGGAAGGGAUCUUAGCAAACUCAGGAAUUCCAUUCUCAUUCAAACUGGUUUUCUUGAGAAAUAAAUUCCAUACUUAUCUCUUAAUUGCU